UGACAUGUCAACUUUCAUAUUAAAAACUAAGUUAGGAAUUACAGUAUAAAUUACAUAUGGCAUAAGGGUUUACUGUAUUAUGUAUUCACUACAAUAACGUGUGCGGUAGAUUAAUUACGAUACAGUAGACUAGUCACAACCAUAAACCGCCCUCUGUCACAACGUGACACUGCUUCAAAACCACGUGUUGUGUUUUUGUGAUGUUGAAAGUGCUUACUUCCAACCCUAGAAAUGAAGGAACAUAAAAGAAGAGAACAUGGAAGUUUACAUGAUGUAGCUGAGGAUAAACCUGAGGAUGUACCGAAAAUGGCUCUCAAACUGUGUAACCAACGUAUCAUAUUUAAUCGGAAGAAACAAACUCUGGCCGUGCUGGCUGUAGUUGUACUGGUCUUCUGUCUGAUGCAGUGGUUCUCCUUGUUGAAGCUGAACAUAUUCCAUCAACAGCAGGGGGAGACCCUCCUAUAUGACAACAAGAACAAUAAUGGCAGGAGGGCAGGAACACCUGACAAAGACACCAUUGAAUUAUUUUCAAAACCAAAUGAACUUGACACCCACAAGGAAGUGAUGGGCAAUGUUAGACAGGAAGAUCUUCCACGUGGUGUUCAUGUCGAUGAUGCUCACCUAUUCAAACCAAAUGACCAAUACAUGUUCACCUGUAUUAGAACAAAGAGUGAGAUUCCUUGGGAGCAUGUGAAUGAUGACUACUGCGACUGUGAAGACUCCAGCGACGAGCCGGGAACUUCAGCAUGUCCAGACUCCAGAUUCUACUGCACAUACCAAAUUCCCCACGAAGAUGAGCAGUUUGUGCCAGGAAGCAGAGUGAAUGAUGGGAUAUGUGACUGUUGUGAUGGCAGUGAUGAGUGGGGUGGUCACAGGGUACCAGAACACAUGCACUUGACAGAGGAAUCUCAGGAGAAGAACAUCUAUCAGUCUCCGUGUAACAACCACUGUGAGAAGAUUGUGCAUCUCCGCAGCAAAGAGGAGCAGAUCAGACAUGAGGGACAGAGGAAGAGGAGGAAGUAUGUCGACCUGGCCAAGUCACUCCCCGCAUCUCAGCAGCAGGAGUAUGGUCCAGAGGGAGCGUUCUACCAGCUGACAAAACAGUGUUUCCAGCACCAUACCACAGAGUAUGAGUACACCAUCUGCCCCUUCUCAUCCGUCACCCAGCAGAAGUUCCCCCAACCCCGCGUCUCCCUGGGGCAGCGCCCAAGAUGGGAGAAGCAGAAGCCUGGGGACUAUGUGCUGGUCAUGGCCGAGGGAGACGCCAAACUGUGUCCUCUGGGUAGUCCUAGAAAAACUAAGAUCCAUUUUUUCUGUGGUAUUGAGGAUCGUAUUGUGAAGUUUGUGGAAAAGGAACGAUGUUACUACUCUGUCACCUUUAGCACACCAGCUGCUUGCAACUAAACUGACAUACCGUUGUCAGCUGCUGAUGUUGGAUUAUGUCAACAUACCAUUGUUUUGCUGAUGGUGGAAUAUGUCAACAUACCAUUGUCUGCUGCUGAUGGUAGAAUAUGUCAACAUACCAUUGUCUGCUGCUGAUGGUAGAAUAUGUCAACAUACCAUUGUCUGCUGCUGAUGGUAGAAUAUGUCAACAUACCAUUGUCUGCUGCUGAUGUUAGAUUUUGUCAACAUACCAUUGUCUGCUGCCGAUGUUGGAUUUUGUCAACAUACCAUUGUCAGCUGGUGAUGUUGGAUUUUGUCAACAUACCAUUGUCUGCUGCUGAUGUUGGAUUUUGUCAACAUACCAUUGUCUGCUGCUGAUGUUGGAUUUUGUCAACAUACCAUUGUCAGCUGGUGAUGUUGGAUUUUGUCAACAUACCAUUGUCAGCUGGUGAUGUUGGAUUUUGUCAACAUACCAUUGUCUGCUGCCGAUGUUGGAUUUUGUCAACAUACCAUUGUCUGCUGCUGAUGUUGGAUUUUGUCAACAUACCAUUGUCAGCUGGUGAUGUUGGAUUUGUCAACAUACCAUUGUCUGCUGCUGAUGUUGAACUUAAGUUUAACAAUACUGACAUAGCAUUGCAUGACAUGAGACAAUAUCAAUUGACCAUGUGAAUUUACCUUUGUCUGCAGCUGACGUGGAACCAUGCCAACAGACCAUUGUCUGCAGCUGAUAUCGAAUCAUUUGGACUCACCAUUGUCUGCAGCUGAUAUCGAAUCAUUUGGGCUCACCAUUGUCUGCAGCUGAUAUGGAACCAUGUGAACUCACCACUGUCUGCAGCUGACAUGGAACCAUGUGGAUUUACCACUGCCUGUAGCUGACAUGGAACCGUGUGGAUUUACCACUGCCUGUAGCUGACAUGGAACCAUGUGGAUUUACCAUUGUCUGCAGCUGACAUGGAACCAUGUGAAUUUACCAUUGUCUGCAGCUGACAUGGAACCAUGUGAAUUUACCAUUGUCUGCAGCUGACAUGGAACCAUGUGGAUUUACCAUUGUCUGCAGCUGACAUGGAACCAUGUGGAUUUACCAUUGUCUGCAGCUGACAUGGAACCAUGUGGAUUUACCAUUGUCUGCAGCUGACAUGGAACCAUGUGGAUUUACCAUUGUCUGCAGCUGACAUGGAACCAUGUGAAUUUACCAUUGUCUGCAGCUGACAUGGAACCAUGUGAAUUUACCAUUGUCUGCAGCUGACAUGGAACCAUGUGGAUUUACCACUUUUUGCAGCUGAUAUGGUCUAUGUUGACCUAAUGUAGUCAGGUAUUCUUUCCAUUCUUUGAAAUACUAACACACUUAGAUUUGUGACAGAACAUAUUUUAGAUCUUCCAAAAAUGAUGUAAUAUAUAUUUUUGUGAAGAAAUGUCUGAAAUUACUUUGUAUAUUUUUGUACGACAUGUAUUCAGGAUGACAGAAAAUAUUUUGCUGUUUUAAACUAUGUAUAACAGUGUGCUUGAUGUCCAGUCUUAUUCAAUAAGUUGGUCAUUCUUGCUAAAUUGUGCAUCUGUUGAUAUAGAUGUUACCUUGUCAGUAUUUCAAAUAGUUUGGUGAUUUGUGGUCAUAUUCCGCAGACUGACAAAAGUUGUGAAGUUGUUAGGUCAUCGAAUUGUUUGGUAAUUCCAUCACUAUGACAUUAUUACCUAUAUCAUCACACUGACAUAAUAUAUAUAUACUGUUGUCCUGAUGAUCUGUUAUCAUUGUUCAUAUCACAAUUGAUGGAAUACCCAAUAAGAUUAGAUGAAUCUUAUUGAUGUUAUAGUUGACUCUAAAGUAUGAAAAACUCAUCUCAUUAUAGAAGAUUAAAAUCAAAUAUUUCACUACAGUACAAUACCUCUCUGCAUGAAGAUCUGACCCCCUCCCCUCUCACCAUAGUACGCCACAUCAAGUUUACUUUCUAAAUAUCGCAAAGUUGUAUGCUUGAAAAAAUGUGCAAAGGUCAAACAAAGGUGAAACUUGCUGUUAGAUAUUUUGGGACCCAUUUUAAUCCCAGUUUGAUCCAUAUGACUUUUCCUUCAGGCUUAAUGUUUAUGCUAUAUUGUAACAUAUGCAUUUCUUAUUGACUUAUAACUGUUUAUUGUUUCUUCAUAUGUUGGUGAAAGCACAAACAAUCCAGUCUCUCCCAGGCCUGUUUUAUUGUGGACUAGACAAACAUCUAGACUCUGAAAUGAACAUAUUUAACUGAAAAACGGUUCAUAAGUUAUAAUAAUAAAAUACAAUGAAAAGGAG